GGCGAACAGAAGCAGAAACAGUUUAGCUUUUGGACAUACCACCGUACUUAUACAAACCGUGCAAGGAUUUUAACACUACACAAACAACAGCAAACCUAACCAUUAACAUAAGGCAUGCUGCUGAAAGACGAGAAAAUAAAUAUGACUAGCCUUCCCAUGAUGGCAAAGCUACAGACCGGCCGAGCCGUGAUCAUCGAUUAUAUGACAGAUCGCCAGCUCACACACACAUACCUCAUGAUACAGGAGGCCGCACAGAACGGCGAGGGGUACGGAAUGGACGAAUUUGACUCAGAAAAAGACUUCCGAAGAGAAAUUGAUGGUAGUGAUUGCUUUGCUAUCAUAUGUAAAGAAAGCGGUGAUAUGAUUGCUGCAUUCAUAAUUGCAGUUAGCAAAUUCUACCGUGGUCCCUCGGGUGUGGCCGAUCCGUUUGUGAUUGUAAAGAGAUCUGAACGCCAACAGAGACUUGGAGAAUUUGCCUUGCGAACAGCCAUUGACUUUUCCCGUAGACUCGGAUAUAUGGCCAUGUACGUUGACACUUUCUCAAAUAACAUUGCUAUACAAAGAAUCAUUGAGAAAAUCGGAGGAUUCCGCCGUGUUGGUUUUCUGCCUAUUGGGGGUCGCCUCAACAACGGCGAAAUGGUCGGCUCGCUCAUCUACUACAUAGACCUUAACGCAAGCCUCGUUAAUCUGACGUGAGCUGCGCAUGUCUACGUCUUACCGGAACAACUAAAGGUCGGAUCACUGAUGAUCAACCAAAACGAUCAAGCAGCAGAUUCCAACUGGUGUCAUCCAAAAUGUGAUACCACAUCUGCACUGAUUGUGCCUCUGCGAGAUCGGCAAGCAAACCGUUACAGAGAAUCACGCUCCGCUUCUGCAACUCAUGCACAUGCAGAAUAUCAUUCUGCACGUGCAUCAUCAAUGUGCCGUGAAAGCUUGUCAUUUCACAACCGAACCACGUGAGUGAAUCACUGGGGACCAAUGAAAGAACUCUUUGUCCUACGAACAAAUUACAUUGUCUACCAAACGGGACUUGUGCAUCAAAUGCACGUUUUGUGUGCUACAGAGACAAUGCAAAAAGUACUAACUGAAACAAAGUGAUAUAUAUAUUUAAUCUAUGCAUUUAUCCUAUUAUUCAAAUGGUGCCAUUGAGUCAAACUUAUUUUUGUAAAGAUUUUUUUUUUUUAUGAAAAUGUCAAUUUGAUUCCUUUGUAUACAAAUGUUAAAAUUUAUUGUUAUC